CCGGGCCGGAAGCGCCGCCCCGCGCGGGUUUCCCCAGCGGCGCCGCCGAGGGUUCGCCAUGGAGGGCCCCGGGUCCUGGUSCAGCUCGGGGGUCGCGGGGCGGCCGCUGACUGAGGACGAGAUGGCGGAGGUGAAGAAGGAUGCUUUAGAAAGGAUGCGUCCUUACCUGUGUGAUAAAAUCAUAGCYGAGAGACACUUUGAUUACCUGCGUUCCAAGAAAAUACUCACUAGAGAGGACACUGAAGAGAUUUCUGCUCGAUCUUCCAGYAGGAAAAAGACUGGGAAGUUAUUGGACUACUUAGCAGAAAAUCCAAAGGGACUCGAUGCUCUGAUUGAAUCGAUCAGACGGGAAAGAACACAAAACUUCCUGUUACAAAAAAUAACUGAUGUAGUGUUGAAAGUCAAAAAUGAAAAGCUUGAAGCUAUUAAAGGUCUAAGCUGCAGCACCUGUAUGACCUCACUGUACGGAGGAACAAAUGAUCUCUCUAGAUCAUUUUCUGACGAAUCAAAUUUUUUGGAUAAAACAAAAGACAAAGAAUCUACCCAGAUGCAUCAUCCAGAAGAAGAUUGUAGCACCGCUGCAUUUGUGUCUGCUUUGUCUCUUCAUUCCAUGAAUUUACCAAUUGCAGAGAUGGGAAAUUCUCAGUGCAGUGUUUUCUUAGCCACCCUCCCAGGGCCUGGAGAUCCCGGUGCACCCCCUCUGCCCCCAGAGCUCCAGUCAGACCAGCAAGAACCAUGUACCAGUUCAAGUGACAAUUGCUUUUUGCCUUUAAGAUCACGUUCUGUUCAACGGCAGUGAACUUAGUGACCUUUUUCCAGAUGGUACUGAAACUGUGUGAUGUCUCCUAAAGGUUAACAAAUGUUUUCAAACUGUUGGAAAAUAUGGAGGAAAUAAUUAUGCAAUUUCUGUUUUAAUUUUGUAAUUGUGUGAUGSUGGAGCUGCUUGACUUUUUGUGAUUGUUUUGGUUUUUUAGGGAGCUUUUUUCAAAAUACUGUGCUAUUAUACCAGCAAAUAUUUGGUUUUUAAACCAACGUGUAUAARAUUUCACAUUUAGUUGCAGAUACUUUAGCUGGAAUUAUAGAACAAAUGUUUUUUUUUUUUUCCUACAGAAACUAACAAACCAGCUUUUCUUAGUCACUUUGUGGAUGGAUUAACUGGGAAAGAUGCUUAGGAAAAGUAUUGAGUAUGGAAAAAUAACUUUCUGAACUAAAAGCUUAAGCUUACUUACCAAAAAGCUGAUACUCAUUUACCAAGUUAAAUGUUGCUCACUAGGAUAAAUUCUGUUCUCCAUGUAUGUGUGUGCUCCUCCAUUUGCAGACAAACCUCAGAAAUCUGGCCAAAUCCACGCUUGUUUGCAAGGAGUCUCUUCCUUAUGUGAACUUUGUCCUGCUGGUAAAUCAAAAGGCAUCAGUAUCGCAUAUGCACUGCUGCAGGUCUUGGCAUAUUAUUCUUGUAUAUUAAUUAAAGAUUACUGAUUUGAGAUGCACUUUAAAUAUAAAUUCUCAUUAGUACUGGAAUAGGAAUGUAAACUGAUCUARCAACAUUGUGAGGGCUGUAAGUAAACAUUGUAGGAUGCUAUUAAGUAGCAAAGCUUGUAUGUUUUGUCCCACUAGGGAAGUGGAGGAGAAAUUGUGUGUCAAGAAAGUAUUCCUGUCUGAAGGACUCUUGGAAAUGGGGCACUUCAGAUACCUCCUCUUCAAAGCAGACAGACAGGUUUACAUUUCAUAUUGUUUAGAGUCAAAUGCAUUUUAAACUUUUUCAACAUGGGAAGGUUCUCAUUUCUUGACACCAUGUAACAUAUUGUGUUCCUCAUACUCGAGUUGUAACCUACCUUUUAUGCAGGUGCCUAUAAUUUCAAAAUUAUCUGAUGAACUCUUGGACACAGGUACAGUUGUGUUCUGCAGUGCUACACUUUAAAGUGAUGGGAUGCUUCAGUAUGUCAAAGGGUAGGUUUGUAUUUAAUACCCUAAAUUAUUUUGGCUCUCAUAUUGUGUAUAGCCAUGUAAUCCUAUUCAAAUUCACACCCAGGUAAUACUACUGAACUCUUCUCCUUUUGUGGAGACAGCCUAUCUGCAGGACCUCAAUAUAGUCUCUAUAAACUGUUUUUCAUUAUUAUUCUGAUUUUGGAAAUAGAUUAAAAUGAAAUGCAAUGUUGAACUACACUCCAACCCAAGUAAAUGAAUAGCUUACACGUGAGAAAGAGAUGUUUAUAAAAAUCCUUGUUUUUCUUGUCUACAUCUACAGUUGUAGACUGUCAGGAUGGUGAAAGUGCUUUUCAGUGAAACUGCUCUGGAAAUUAAAUGCAUGGAAAUUAAAUGCCUAGAUGUGCAAGCAAAACUUUGCUCUAUAACAUGAAAUUAAGGACAGGAUGAACUCCCUCUCUUCCCUUAACUUGAAUUGUGGUUGCACAAAUUCCGGACAUCUAAAAAGUGAUUUGUAUUCAGUCCCACUAUAACCACUUACAGAGCUGUGCUUAGGCUUGAGUCCCGUUCUGGGUUCUUGUAACAAGAGGAGAGUGAGCAGGGUUGGCCUUAACAGACAAAAUGCAUCAGCUCAGGGUGGAAGCUGCCUUGCUGCUCCCCAUCCUGCAGGGACCACGCCCAGCACAGCCUACGAACCUGAGACCUUGAAUGAAUGUAUUAUCUUACCAAAUGUUUAUAAUAUGCAUUUUUUMAAAAAUACUUUUAUCACAACUUUUGGAAUAAAUUCUUUUGUAUAAUUGCCUGUUUUCCUGUCUGCCUCCCAUUUUUAAGAUGUUCAGGUUGCAAGAGUUGUUCAUUCCGUUAAUAUGAUGUGU